AUGAGUUUGGAUUAUGAAGUUUACAAGGAAGGUGGAUUGCUAAAUGAUAGGUAUCAGAAAAUUGAAGACAUCAGCGAGGGAUCGUACGGGUAUGUGUCGCUAGCCAAGGACAUCGAGCGUAAGAAAUUGGUGGCGGUCAAAUUCAUCUUUAAGCUGGAGAAAGAGCCAUCAGUGGACGAAGACGGAGCAGCUGGGGAGGAAGAGGGUGCACGUGACUGCGAUGAUGUGGUUAAGAGUGCCAACAGCAGCGUGGAGAAGCGAGUGCAGUUGGCGAAGCAUCGCGAGUCAAUGAUCUCGUCUAAUGUUAGGUCGCGGCUUUCGGAAAACAUCUGUUUUGAAGCGGCUUAUGAGAUCGAAAUCCAGAGAAUGAUCGGCAACGAGCAUCGGAACGUUGUGAAGUUGCUGGACUUUUUCGAUUCAUACAUCAUCUUGGAAUACUGCUCUGGCGGAGAUCUGUACGAAGCGAUUAAGGGUGACCUUAUCCCGAGGAAGACGAGGGAAAUUACACAUAUCUUGACUCAGAUCAUUGAAGCAAUUCAAUAUGUGCACUCUAAGGGGAUUUAUCACCGUGAUGUCAAACCUGAGAACAUUUUGAUCUCGAACCUUUUCGAUUGGACCAUAAAGCUCAGUGAUUGGGGGUUGGCCACUACGCAUCCGACGUCUCUGGAUCGAAGUGUAGGCAGUGAGCGCUACAUGGCGCCCGAGCUGUUUGAAAGCAAUUUGGAUCUUGCAGAGAGGAAAGAGCCUUACCAGUGUGACAAGGUGGACGUGUGGUCGAUUGGUAUCGUCUUUCUUAACAUUGUGUUUUCUAAGAAUCCAUUCAGUGUGGCCAAUCAGACAGAUAAAGCGUUCUGUUACUUUGCUGCCAACCGAGAGGCGUUGUUUGACGUUUUUUCUACUAUGAGUCUCGAUUUCUUCCAAGUUUUGAGAUACAGUCUCACGAUAGAUCCGGCAAACAGGGAUCUCAAGAAGAUGAGACGAGAGCUUGACAACCUUUCGGAGUACACUCUGGAUGAUGAGUAUUACAACUCCCUACAGGACAAUGAUGUGGCGAUAUAUGAUGAGGAACCUCGCCAUGCCCCAGCGUAUGUGCCACCAUCAUCUGCUCCGGCUCCAGUCUCCUUACCCACCCCGCCAUCGUCUUCGACUGGUAAAAAUGGAAAAAGGCUUCAAUCUGCAAGCUCCAGUAUUCCCAAACAGACCGACUCAUUUGUCCACGCAGAGCAGAAUAUUGUUGAUAAGAAAUCAUCUCCAAUUGCAGCUUCAACUACUAAUGGUAAGACUGAGGAAAAAGAAAAAGAAAGGGCUAGGUCUGUGCCUAAAUUCAAGUUUAGAAAGCGCAGUCAUGUUCAAAGGAAUGAUUCGCCUAAUCAGAAUCAGCCCCAUAGUUAUGCCAAUGGAAAAACUAUUAAGAAUCGCAAUUACAACCAUUACAACAAUUUCAGUCAUUUCGGUAACAAUUACAAUUAUAACCAAAAAAAUUACUUCUUCAAUGGCGCAGAUAAGCCAAAAAUUGUAAAGCAUUCGAGAAAACCACUAGGAAUUCCAACUCCUAAUACCUACAUUAACAAUUAUUUUAAUGAUUAUCAUAAGAACAAGGAGCAACAUGGCUCAGAAAGCAACGAUUACAACGGUUUUAACACAAGAGAUUUUUUUACUCCACCUAGUGUUAAUAACAGGUACAUGGAGGGAAUUUUCAGCCACAAUUAUGUGAAUAAACACAACAACAACAACAACAACAACAACAACAGCAGCAACAAUAAUAAUAACAAUAAUAAUACUAAUAAGAAUCAUUAUUUCCCACAGUUUGGGACCAGUGGUUCCAAAGGUAAGCAACCGCGGAGACCUAGUUCAGGCAAUCGGGUUGCCGCUCCCAAAACGAAAAAUCCGAACACAUCUACCACUUCAACCUCAGUACCAGCGUACCAUUCGCCGGGCAAAUACAUUCCUCCGAAUGUUAGAAACCAUUACACCAACCAAUAUCAGUCGCAUGUUCCUAAUAUUUCAGCCGUUUUAGACACACACACAUAUCACGAGCAAUAUGCCAACGCUGAUAACGGGAAGAAUGAAACCACUAGUAAAGGCGAUUUAGAUGAUGUCCUCUUUACCCUGGAGGAAAGUGAUGAUUUUCUACGUGACAUCAAUGACUUGUCCUUGCAUGACGCACCUGUUUCUUCUCAUGGCACUGAUCUACAUGGCGCGCUCCAAAACGAUUUACCAGAUCUGUUAAAAUCUCCCGAACCACCCAGGCUACAGCUCACGGGCGCAGAGAAUCCGUUUGCCGCCCAGAUACUCAACGGCGGCAAUGAUGGCAAGCCGUUGGUUGCAAACCAGCAUCUUAACGCAGGAACUUCUGAACACAAGUAUAAGCCAGGCAUCUACGUACCACCUCAUCAUCGCAAAAGCUUCUCAUCUACCACAGCUGCUAAUGAGGUUACACUAUCUGUCGGACAAAACAUGUACGAUUAUUCGGCACUAUCAGAUUCCCGACGCCCAUCGGCCUCUAUUCAACAAUACCAGGCACCAUUUAUGCCAAGUUUGAAGAAUCACUCUACCACAACGACGGCUUUACAAGACAAAGAUGUCUUUGCUCAAACAGAUAACGAUGCCAUUAUAUUUUCGGAAGAUGAAAGUGAUGACAAUGGUGAAGACUCUCGCGGCAUGAAAACGGUGUUUGGGCCCUAUACAAUAUACAACAACGGGGAAAUGUCUUAUAACACCGUUCGUGCUGGAAGAAAAUCGAGUACUGUUCAAAGCGAGGCAGUUGGCUCAUUGGAGCAAUACAAAAAUAACUGGCUUAUGUUACAACAGCAACAGGAUUGA